ACCACGCGCCCGGCGGCCGCUGGGUCAAGGCGGAAGUGUUUAGCGAUGGAGAGCCCCGGCCCCGGCCGCUUGGUGCUGCAGUUUGCUCCUUUCAGCAGCGCUUUGGACGCCGGUUUCUGGCAUGAGCUCACUCAGAGGAAACUGAACGAUUACAGACUGGACGAGAGUCCCCGGAACAUCAGGGGCUAUUACUAUAACGGUGACCCUGCUGGACUGCCAACUCGACUAACUUUGGAGUUCAGUGCAUUUGAUGUGAACGCUGUGACCCCACCUCGGUGUUGCCCUGCUUUCGGCACUCUGUAUAAUACCAACACCUUCCAGUCAUUUAAAUCCACUGAUAAAAAGGCUUUGCUGGAGCAAGUGGGAAAGGAGAUUUGGGAUGCAAUAAAAUCUGGCAGAGCAAUUGAAGAUCCUUCUUUGUUGAACACGUUUCUUUUGUUGACUUUUGCAGAUUUAAAAAAGUAUCAUUUCUACUACUGGUUCGCAUUUCCAGCAUUGUGCUUCACUGAGGGGAUAACCAUAUCGCAGCAACCGGCCAGCUUGGCGGAAAAGUUCUCCACCUGUCAGAUCCAGGCAUUGCAAGAUGCUUAUGAUGAACUUUGUCAAAAGGAGGAAGUUACAGCGGUUCCCUAUUUUCUGGUCAAGUACACGGAAGAUUCUGUUUCGUUGGCCUCUUUGAGAAACUGGAAUGAAUUUUUCAAAGGUCAGACCAAGGUUACAAUUGGUGUCUAUGAUCCUUGUACAUUAACCCAGUAUCCAGGAUGGCCUUUGAGAAACUUCCUGAUGCUUGUAGCCUACAACUGGGGCAGCUUUCUGGACACACUUGAAGUUCUCUGUUUCAGAGACCGAACUAUGCAAGGAGUCAGGGACACCCAGCACAGCAUCAUCUUUGAAGUAAAACUUCCACAGACAGCAUCAGUAACAGAUUGUCCGAAAUGUGUUGGUUGGGAGAAAAAUCAGAAAGGAAGCCUGGGUCCGAGGAUGGUUAAUCUUAGUGAAUGUAUGGAUCCAAAGAGACUGGCUGAAUCAUCAGUUGAUCUCAAUCUUAAAUUAAUGCGUUGGCGUCUGGUCCCAACCCUUGGUCUGGAAAAUGUUAUGGCUACUCGGUGCUUGCUGCUUGGAGCUGGUACACUGGGCUGCAAUGUAGCACGGACUCUAAUGGGCUGGGGUGUAAGGCAGAUCACUUUUGUAGACAAUGCAAAAGUGUCCUAUUCUAACCCAGUGCGGCAGUCGUUGUAUGAGUUUGAAGAUUGCUUUGAUGGUGGGAAACCUAAAGCAUUGGCUGCUGUAGAGAAACUCGAAAAAAUCUUCCCAGGCGUGAAAGUGGAAGGUUUUAACCUAAGCAUACCGAUGCCAGGUCACCCGGUGAAUUUUUCUGCAGUGACGAUGCAACAGGCUCAGAAAGAUGUUGAACAGCUGGAGAAACUCAUUUGCUCACAUGAUGUCAUUUUCCUGCUAAUGGACACACGGGAAAGUCGCUGGCUUCCCACAGUCAUUGCAGCCAGUCAACGAAAGUUAGUUAUUAAUGCAGCAUUGGGUUUUGAUACUUUUGUCGUGAUGAGACAUGGCUUGAAAAGGCCAAAGCAGGAAUCCGGCGAACCAGCUCUCGUUGCUGCUACCGUCAGUUCUUCCUUGGCAGGCUCGUCACUCUUUUCAAACAUUCCUGGCCACAAAUUAGGCUGCUACUUCUGUAAUGACGUCGUUGCACCGGGAGAUUCAACCAGAGACCGUACUCUAGACCAGCAGUGCACUGUGAGUCGGCCUGGCCUGGCCAUGAUCGCUGGGGCGCUUGCCGUGGAAUUAAUGGUUUCUAUACUGCAACAUGUUGAAGGUGGGUAUGCAGUCGCCAGCAGCAGUGAUGACCGGCUCAAUGAGCCUCCAACAUCUCUAGGACUUGUCCCUCAUCAGAUCCGUGGCUUUUUGUCAAGAUUUGACAAUGUCCUUCCAGCAAGUUUAGCAUUUGACAAGUGCACAGCAUGCUCACCAGUGGUCCUUGAUCACUUUGAAAAAGAAGGUUUCCAGUUCCUUGCUAAUGUGUUCAACUCUUCUCAUUCUUUCCUGGAAGAUCUUACGGGACUGACCCUUCUCCAUCAAGAGACACAAGCUGCUGAGAUAUGGGAUAUGAGUGAUGACGAAAGUUUCUGAGGAACAGUCUGUAACCUGAAAGGAAACUGCAAAUUGAAGAACAAAUCCAAGACCUGUUUCCAGCUUUUCAGAAUCUUGAAGUGCAAUAACAGCUGCCCUGUGCAGGUCAUGGAUUCUUUGUGAUGAUGGCAUUCAGCUUAAUUAAGAAGCAAGUUAUCUCCCAAUGUCAUUUUGGAAUCAAAAACAUGCGAAUGUUCCUGGCCCUUUCAUCCAGAUCACAAAUCUGGAGAUUAUGAUGUUAGCAUUAGUGAUAACAGCAAUAAUCUAAAUCUUUCUAAACCGAAAACUGUUCCAUGUAUUUGAGUUCUGUGUAUAUAAAUACAGGUCUGUCUGAGUAAGAAUGUUUCAUUUAAAACGAGUUGCUCUAACACAAAUAUUUUGUUAAAGUUGUUUCUUACUUUUUCUUAAAAUUAAGGUUCCACUAUCUCCAACCAUUUUUGACUGUAGCUUCCCAGUUUUUUUUAAAUCAUUUUCAGUACAGACAAAUAGUUUAUGUCAUGAAUUUUAAUUAGAUAUGAAAUUUAUCAUUUCAGCUACCAACUCCACUUCCAUUUAAAAUGUUCUUUUGUAUCGAACUGAUGUUUGUUUCCUGUCAACGCGUUUGUUAUAUGCCUGAAGCAUCUGUAUUGUGUACAUGCCGGUGUAAUCUGCAUGCAACACUUGCUAUCUUUUACACAAUUAAAAAUAAU